GAUCCCACUGGCCAGGAAGUUUCAUCUGGGAUCCCCGGAGCCUCGGCAAUGGCUCCAGGGUGACUUCUUGGGCCACCCCCGUUCCCCCGCCCUACCCAAGCGGCUGAAAAGCGCCAGGACGGACGGUCGGAGCCGGCGAAAUGGGUCCGCGAGCCCGGCCGGCGCUUCUCCUCCUGAUUCUCCUGCGGACGGUGGCCACGCAGGGGCGACCGCCGCGGUCACACUCCCUGCGCUUCCUCUUCAUGGGUGCCUCCGAGCCAGACCUUGGGCUGCCCCUGUUUGAGGCCUUGGGCUACGUGGACGACCAGCUGUUCGUGUCCUACGAUCACGAGAGUCGCCGUGCAGAGCCUCGUGCCCCGUGGCUCUGGGGCAGGGCCACCAGCCAGCUGUGGCUGCAGCUGAGCCAGAGCCUGAAAGGCUGGGAUCACAUGUUCAUCGUGGAUUUCUGGACCAUAAUGGACAACCACAACCAGAGCAAGGUAACGAAGAUGGGAGUGCUGCCAGAGUCCCACACCCUGCAGGUGAUCCUGGGCUGUGAAGUGCAAGAGGAUAACAGCACCAGAGGGUUCUGGAAGUAUGGGUACGAUGGGCAGGACCAUCUUGAGUUCCGUCCUGAGACGCUGGAUUGGAGAGCAGCAGAGCCCAGGGCUCGGACUACCAAGCUGGAGUGGGAAGUGAACAAGAUUCGGGCCAAGCAGAACAGGGCCUACCUCGAGAGGGGCUGCCCUGAGCAGCUGCAGCGCUUGCUGGAGCUGGGGAGAGGGGCCCUGGACCGGCAAGCGCUUCCUUUGGUGAAAGUGACUCAUCACGUGGCCUCUGCAGUGACCACUCUACGGUGUCAGGCUCUGAACUUCUACCCCCAGGACAUCACCAUGAGGUGGUUGAAGGACAGGCAGCCACUGGAUGCCAAGGACGUUGAGCCUGAGGACGUGCUGCCCAACGGGGAUGGAACCUACCAGGGCUGGGUGGCUUUGGCUGUGCUCCCUGGGGAAGAGCAGAGAUACAGCUGCCAGGUGCAGCACCCAGGCCUGGAUCAGCCCCUCAAUGCCACCUGGGGUAUGGAUGAGAGCCAGGGGCUGAGAAAACCUGGUGUGGGUGGGAUGGGAGUGGUCAACAGGGCAGUGAGGGGAGGGUUGGCUCUGGGAUGGGGCAGUGAUCAUGGGCUUUCACUUGCUUUUGCUAUUUUAGAGCCCUCGCUGUCUGGCACCCUGGUCACUGGAAUCAUCAGUGGAAUUGCUGUCUGUAUCAUCCUCUUCUUUAUUGGAAUUUUGUUCAGAAUCUUGAGGAGAAGGCAGGCUUCCAGAGGAGCCGCAGGGGACUAUGUCUUAGCCGAAUGUGAAUGAAGUGCAGCCUGCAGACUCCUUGUGGGGAAAGAGAGGGUGCACUUGAGGCGUUCUUCAUGUUUCCGGACAGCUGGACCUAAGAAAUAGAAACUGUCUCAGGAACUCUCUGCUCUUAGCCUUCCCCGUUCACUGUCCAAAAGUUCCCCAUCUAGGUUUCUGAGUUCCUGCUUCUUAAAGGGCCCUAGUUGUGACCUCUCCCCGAGAACUGGCUCUCCUGAAUCCCAAGCUGCGUGUAGAGCCUGCCUCCAUUUCCUGCAUCACCUCAGACUCCAUACACCUACGUCAUCUCAUCUCCUAACGGUGGAAUGAGUCUCCUUAAAUUUGGGGGGACUUGUGAUUCCUUUAAACAUCUGAGAAUAGCUUUGAACCUUCUCCUCGGGACAUACACUCUAAUACCCCUACCAGCAUUUGACACACACAUCCAGGCGUUUCCUGGACCCAGUCAAGUUUCCUUUUAACCCUCUCUCUAUUAUACAAGAACUCACCUGUUUCCAAGCCCUGUGGUCUCUUCCAUCAGAGGGAGACCUGGACAGUUGUACAGUGUGAAGGUUGUGCACUGCACAACCCGAGGAGGCACCUUUCCCAGAAGAGGCAUCAUGGAUGUCUGUGCGUUUUAUGAUAGUCUUCCCGAAAAUGGGUGGGAAGUGUCUUGAGGAGGGAAUGUCUUUUUCUAAUUUGCACAUAGGUGCCAUGUAGGUUUCCUUAGGUUAAUGAUACCCGCACUUACAAUGCCAGACUUGAAGUAGCACAGGAUUUGAUCUCUGCUCACACCCUCUCCUUGUUCUGACAAUGAAAAUGGUAAUUAAGAUGAUGAUGAUAACGAAAAGGUGGCUGACACUUAUUUAUAAAGCUCUUCCUUGGUGCCAGACUUAGUUCUGAGUGCCUACUUACAUACAUUAUCUCAAUAGUCCUUUGAUGUAAGUACCAUUAUCCUCUUUUUUUUUUUUAAGAUGAAGAAAGUGAAAUAUAAAAUAGAGUCUCACAGCUUACCAGGGACAGAGACAGGUCUCAAACUCAAUCAAUCUGGCUCUUUUUUUUUUUUUUUACGGUACGCGGGCCUCUCAGUCUUGUGGCCUCUCCCGUCGCGGAGCACAGGCUCCGGAUGCGCAGGCUCCGGACGCGUAGGCUUAGCGGCCGUGGCGCACGGGCCCAGCCACUCCGCGGCAUGUGGGAUCUUCCCGGACCGGGUCACGAACCCGUGUCCCCUGCCUCGGCAGGCGGACUCUCAACCACUGCGCCACCAGAGAAGCCCCAACCUGGCUCUUUGAUCCAGCCCUUGGCCCUGCAUUCAGAUGGUUAGAUGCCUGGAGUAAAUGGGGAAGGAAGGAGAUGGCUGUGGAGAUCGCUCUUCUCUUGUCUCAUUGUCUGUAUUCUCAGUGAGUUUGACCCAAAUGAAGGGAAAAAACAGCAGAAAACAAUAUCAGCCAUGUUUCCUUUCAAAGUCCCUGAGGGAAGAACCCUGGAAUGUGACCCCUGUUGCCACCACUGGCCAGCUCUAUCUGGCAUCACUCAUGGGACUGUGAUUGGGGGUGUCAGUUACUGUGUUGGACCUCACAGUGUCCUGCUCCAAUCAGGACCACCAGGGUGGAGGCGUUUCCCUUCAAAAACUGGAGCAACUUCUCUCAUAUUAAAGAUGGAUAACUAGAAGCCACUGAGUGGCCUUGGUCAGCACCAAGAUGCUGACCCCAGCAUCUUCCUGGGGUCCGUGAGAGUCUGGUUCUCAUCCCCACCCGUGCACAUUCAAAAAAAUUAACCAGGUCACUCAGGAAUUAGUCGAUUCUGGGAAAAUAAUUUGUCUGACCAUAUUCAAAAGGGUACUAAUAUAUACACGCAGAAAACUUGUGUUUACUUUGUGCUGCCACGUGUAUUUGGCAGCAUAACUGUGAACAAGGCUUUCUGUCCUGGAGGGCAGCUGCCUCAGAUCAAAUACAGCUCGAAAGUUUGUUUGGUAGAUAUUGAACUUGGGCAAAGAGAUCUCAACUAUUUUUUUAAACUUUUCUUUUUUUGCAGUUCCCAAAGUUAAGUGGAUAAACGUAUAUAGGAUUUGUGCUUACUACAGAAAAGUUGAAAAUGAAUUAAAUUGAAACUAUUAUUCCGUUCGCCAGUAAUAAAGUCUAUUAAAAAUUUGCAUAUUUCCUCUCACUAUUAUUGCUAUAUUAAAAUAUAUAAAAUUAGUAGAUACAUAUAUUUUAAUAAAUGUAUAAUUCAUUGUGUUGUGUACUGCAUGGUUUUCCUGAUGUAUUUGUCCAUCUUAUGUAUAGACUUAAUCGACUUAAUCAUUAUGUUAUUUUGGGGACA